AUGACUCAAAAUAUCACAAAACUCAAUACUGUUCUCAACUACGUAAAAGAUACUUUCGUAGGGAAAAACGAUGUCGUCGAUCUGCUGGGAAUAUGCCUUCUGGCUAAAGAAAAUGCCUUUUUGUACGGACCUCCGGGAACCGCAAAAUCAGCUAUUGUAAGAACGCUUUCAAAAACAGUGAAAGACGGCAAAAAUUUUGAAUAUCUGCUGACCCGUUUCACAGAACCCAAUGAGAUUUUCGGACCGUUCGAUAUUAGAAAAUUAAAAGAAGGUGAACUUCUGACCAAUACAGACGGGAUGAUGCCGGAAGCAUCACUUGUUUUUCUGGACGAGAUUUUCAAUGCGAAUUCAGCCAUUCUGAAUUCACUGCUGACGGCACUUAAUGAGAAAAUCUUUAAAAGAGGAAAAGAAACAAAACAUUUACCGGCUCUGAUGUUUGUAGGAGCAAGUAAUGUUCUUCCUGAAGAUGAAUCUCUGAAUGCAUUAUUUGACCGUUUUCUGGUGAGAAUUAAUGUGGAUUACGUAAAUCCUGAACUGCUUCAGCAGGUACUUAUUGCCGGAAGAAAACUCGAGAAUGAAACUGAAACAGAUAUUCCCGAAAUCCUUGCUGACGAAAUAAGAGAACUUCAGAACCUGUGUAAAGCAGUAGAUCUUAGACCUAUUUAUGAAGUCUAUUUAAAUACCAUCAUCAGCUUACGAAAUACAGGAAUUGCUAUUUCUGACCGUAGAGCGGUAAAACUUCAGAAUCUGAUCGCAGCCAGCGCUUUGAUCUGCGGUAGAAAUGAAGCGGUUCUUUCCGACCUUUGGGUAUUGAAACAUAUCUGGGACACUGAAGAACAGAUCGAAAUUCUGGAAGGGAUUAUCAACAGAACCAUUGAAAAAGACGAUAACCCGAAGUCCCAUCCACAGGCGAUGCAGAACAAAACUCCCAAUCCGGAGGAAGUUAUGAAAGAUGUAAAAAUCCUUAUUGAAAAAUGGAACAGCGGAAUGCUGAGUUUUGAGGAACAGAAUGUGAUCAAAGAUAAAUUAAGAUACCUGCAAACCCGUUGCGACUGGAUUAGAAACCCGGAACAAAAGCAGUAUAUCCAGCAAGAAAUUGAAAGUGACAAAGCAUUGUUUCUGGGAACACCGCUGCUGAGUCUGCCCGGAAAAACAUACUGGACCAGAGACGGUCACCUUUUGCCCGCAGGGUUUGAUUUUGAAUUUAAAAAUUUGAGUUCCCUUUUGCAGCAGCAAUAUAAUAAAGACCUCGAAAAAUGGAUGUUAUGGAAUGAAGACGGAACAUAUCUUUCCAUUAAGAAAGAAGAUUUCCGAAAAAUGUCUUCAUACGAAAACUACUUUUGGGAGUGGGAAACCGACGAGGAUAUCGCCGGGGAUUCCGGCUACCAUGACAACAACCUGAUCUCUAUACCUGGGGUUGGGGCAAUAGCUUACAGACCUUAUGUGAUGGAGAUUCUGAAAGAACUUCAGCCGCAGGGAUGGCCUCCGUUUGGUGCAUUACUGAUGGUGUUGUAUGCAAUGCAGGAAGGAUAUACCGAUUUUGUAACCCCUCUGAAGCAUACAGCCGGUUUUCAC